UGGGUUACUGCUGCGCGUGUGAUGCCUGGCGCAUGCGUGCUAUAGCCGGAAGCAAACUGCGUUUCUGGAGCGCUCUGUGCUUCCCGAUACCUGACUGCGACUGCGCGGAGAUCCAGCUGAUCGGACACUUUAAUUAAACGGUUAAAAUGGCAGAUCACUGGCAAGAAUGUAUGGACUUUGGAGUCCAAGUAGCAAGACAAGCCGGAGCAGUGGUAUGUGCGGCAAUGAAAGAGGACGUUUCUGUGAUGUUGAAGAGCUCCCCGGCUGAUCUGGUGACCGCUACAGACCAGAAAGUUGAAGAGAUGAUUAUCUCUUCAAUCAAGGAGAAAUAUCCAUCACACAGUUUUAUUGGGGAGGAAUCGGUAGCUGCAGGUCAGGGCAGUACUUUGACAGAUAACCCAACGUGGAUUAUUGAUCCCAUUGAUGGCACGACUAAUUUUGUUCACAGGUUUCCCUUUGUGGCUGUGUCAAUUGGUUUUGCAGUCAAUAAGCAGGUUGAAUUUGGAGUUGUAUACAGCUGUGUAGAAGAAAAGAUGUACACUGGCAGAAAGGGGAGAGGGGCGCAUUGUAACGGUCAGAAGCUGCAAGUCUCAGGGCAGAAAGAUAUCACAAAGUCCAUGAUUGUCACAGAACUGGGAUCAGAUCGUAACCCUGAAGUUAUCAAAACUAUUCUUUCUAACAUGGAGAGGCUGCUCUGUAUUCCAAUCCAUGGGAUCAGGGCAGUGGGCACAGCUGCUGUAAACAUGUGCCUGGUGGCUACAGGAGGGGCUGAUGCUUAUUACGAGAUGGGAAUCCAUUGCUGGGAUAUGGCAGCUGCAUCGGUCAUCGUCACAGAGGCUGGAGGGGUUGUCCUGGAUGCCACAGGAGGACCAUUUGACCUGAUGUCCCGUAGGGUCAUUGCAGCGAGCAGUAAGGAGAUUGGAGAACGCAUCUCCAAAGAACUUCAACUCAUACCAUUGGUGCGGGAUGAUGACAAGAAGGAGUAAACAGAUGUGUUCAUUUUAGGUGCACUUGUGUUCAUUGACUUUGCACUUUAUUUAAAAAUAGGCUAUUUUAAUUUAACACCUUCCUGGCAGUCAUUUUUCACCUUUCUGACGACGCCUGUUUUUGCAAAUCUGAUGUGUCACUUAAUGUGGUAAUACCGUUCUAAUGCUUUUACUUACCAAGCAAUACUGAGUUUUUUUCUCAUGACACACCGUACUUAAUUGAUUGAUAAAAAAAUGGCUGUACAACAUUUCACAUACAAACAAUAGAACUGAGAAAUGGGGAUCAUUCUAAAUUAAAGUGGUAUUAUACCUACUAUAAAUGGAAAAAUGGAAGCUCUUUGCGCACAUUUCUGAUCAAACUUGUGUCGGGCCCAUCUACCAGGCGUCAACGUGGCUUCCGCAGAUGGGUACCUGACACUAAUAUACUGCCCUUUCUUGGACUUACCUAAGCCUACAAUAUUCAGGGCAGUGUAGGAGCCAGCUACAUUUAUACUCUGCUCAGGAGCCCCAGGCAGAUGGGCGUUUCUUAGCCAUUCUUUUUGUAAACCAUGUUUGCUUGAUGGAUAUGAACAUCGUACUUCAUGUCAGUGGUAAACUUCAAUAUGUUUUACUGUUAUAAAAAUAUAUAUAUAUGCAAAAUUUACAGAAAA